AUGCUAGAGAUAACCUGCUCUGGCACCCCCUACGAGAUUGGAUUCCGUCAUGGAAAAGAAGCAGCAGAUUUAAUCCAGGGAAGCUUGGACUUCUACAAGACCUAUUUUCUGAAGAAAAGCAACUUGGCCUGGGCAGAGGCUUCAGAAGUCGCUCAAAAAUAUCUUCCGUUUCUCGCAAAAUAUGUCCCCCAGCUUGUGGAAGAGAUGCGAGGCAUCGCUGACGGCGCCAAAGUCGAUUUCCUAUCCAUACUCGCACUAAACACUCGAUCGGAGAUAUCGAUGGGAAUGAUGGAUGAUGGCUGCACAUCCGUAGCCUGGCAAACGCAAGAGUUCAGCACUGCAGGCCAAAAUUGGGACUGGGAAGAUCCUCAAAAGGAACGGUUGGUGCUGAUGCACAUUAAUCCAAGCCAGGACGAGGAUGGACACAAGCCCAAAGUUAGUCAGGUCACCGAAGCAGGUAUCAUCGGCAAAAGUGGGAUUAACUCCUCCGGAGUCGGGGUAUUCCUGAAUGCAAUACGUGCUCGCGGCAUCAACUUCAAUGGAAUCCCUAUCCAUCUCGCUCUCCGACACGCAUUGGAGAUGUCAUCUCGCCUGGAAGCUGUAGAAAAGCUAAGCUCGUUGGGCUUCGGAACUUCCGGCCACAUCAUGAUUGCAGAUAUCUCUGGCGCAACUUCCCUUGAGUUUACCCAUGUGGAUGUUGUGCGAAUGGAGAUGGUCGACGGACAAAUCGCCCAUACUAAUCAUUUCUUGGCAAAGCAUGUAGUUGAGGCGCCGAAGAGUGUGGACCUCCCAGAUUCAGUCUCAAGAAUGAAGCGAAUUGCCACCCUUCUGCGCGAGGGAAAUUCUCAGCUCAUCGAGGAGCUUACAGCACGGGAAGCCGUCGAGAAGAUGCUGGAGGAUGAAGAGAGGACUUCCAACAGCAAUAAAUCGAAAGAGUAG